AUGUUGAGUUUUUUAUUUUCACAGAUGCUACCCAGAGACCAAGCAGGAGACAAUUUAUCUUCCGUCGUGGAAUUUGUCCUCCUGGGAUUUUCUGACCUUCCAAACUUCCAGGGACUUCUAUUUGGAAUUUUCUUUCUCAUCUACUUAUUCAUCUUAACAGGAAAUGGUCUUCUCAUAAUAAUUACAAGGGUGGACUCUGUUCUCCAGACACCCAUGUAUUUUUUUCUUGCAAAUUUUUCCUCACUGGAAAUUGGUUAUGUGUCUGUCACCCUCCCUAGGAUUCUGGUGAGCCUUUCUACUCAAGAUAGAAACAUUUCCUGGUUGGGCUGUGCCACUCAAAUGUGCUUCUCCCAUAUGCUCGGAGCCGCUGAAUGUUUCCUCCUGGUGGUGAUGGCCUAUGACCGCUACGUGGCCAUAUGUAACCCUUUGCACUACCCUCUAGUCAUGAACCACAAGAAGUGCAUCCAGUUGGCUGUUGGUGCCUGGCUCAGUGGAGUCCCAGUCCAGAUAGGACAAACAUGUCAGAUUUUCUCUCUACAUUUCUGUAAUUCUAACGAAAUUAACCAUUUCUUCUGUGACAUACCCCCCAUCCUCAAGCUGGCCUGUGGGGACACUUUUAUGCACGAGAUAGCAGUCUACAUAGUAGCUAUGUUGUUUGUUGCAGUUCCUUUUAUGUUGAUACUUACCUCUUACAGCAAAAUCAUUUCCACCAUCUUGACGUUGCCAACAGGCAGGGGAUGGGCCAAAGCUUUCUCCACCUGUUCUUCCCACCUGCUGGUUGUUCUUUUAUUCUUUGGAUCGGCUACCAUCACUUACUUAAGGCCCAAGUCCAAUCAAACUGCAGCAAUUGACAAACUGCUCUCUCUUUUCUACACCAUAGUGACUCCGAUGUUUAACCCCAUGAUAUACAGUCUUAAGAACAAGGAUGUGACUACAGCACUGAAAAGGCUAUUACUUAAAAAGAUAGUGUGA